AUGCUACAGCUGCCACGGCCCCAGCCCCUGCAGCAGACAUCUCCGCUUCUCAGGAGGUUGAGCAGGUGUUCGAACCGGCUGACACCUUGCCCUCCCGGAGUGAGGCAGCCGCUGUGCAGCCCGUCGUCGGGAUCAGUCAGAGGGUGCAGAUGAACUCCAAAGAGAAGAAGGACUUAGGCACACUAGGGUAUGUCCUGGGGCUGAUCAUGAUGGUGAUAAUCAUUGCCAUCGGAGCUGGCAUUGUCCUGGGAUACAUCUACAAGAGGGGGAAAGACCUGAAGGAAAAGCAUGAACAGAAGGUGUAUGAGCGUGAAAUGCAGCGCAUCACGCUGCCCCUCUCAGCGUUCACCAAUCCUGCCUGCGAGCUCGUAGACGAGAACACCAUCGUGGUGCACACCAACCAGACACCCGUGGAGGACACGCAGGAGGGCAGUGGCCCGCUCAUGGGGCAGGCGGGUACCCCCGGCGCCUGAACAGCUGGGGCAGGAGCGGCACAGGCUGAGCAAAGCCUCCAGCUUCCCACCGUGAGUGCGGGGCUGCGUGUGUUCAUUUCUAUUUUGUUUUCUUUUUGAUGAAAGCCAGGUGAAGGUGAUGCAGGGGGACAGAACAAUGGGCUGUUCAUCACGAUCUCUUUGAGGGGCACCAUUCAGUGCGUGACCAGCUGGGGACUGGGGUGGUGGACCCUGCUGCUUCCUCCCACCUGUCUCCAUGGCACCCCAAGGAGCUGGGGGGGAUGAGGGGCCAGGCUCGCAGAUCCCAUAGCCCAGAGCGUGGUCUUGGCUUCCUCCUCGUCUGUUCCUUUCCUCUUUAA